AUGCAAGCAAGCGACUUGUACUCCCCAGCAGCCCUCUUGCUGCAGCUCCUCCUCUUACUCCGCCGCCUAGGGAUGGAAUUUAUUGAAUAUCUCAAUUCGCUCUACAGUGAAUGGACAAACCAGGUUUUAAUUCUAGGUGAUUUCAAUUUUCCCUUGUUAGACUGGCCCAACAUAGUUCAGAGAGCGAACACAUCUACGCCUGGUUCCUCUUCAUUCUUAAAAUUUGUUUCCUCUUACAGUCUUAAGCAAAUGGUCAAAGAGCCUACUCAUGGAGUGAAUAUACUAGACAUUCUGCUGGUUUCGGAGCCGACUAUCAUCAGAAACCUAAAAGUUCUUCCACCUUUCAGCACAUCAGAUCAUUGUAGUGUUAGUUUCGAAAUUGUUGGGAGAUCCUUACCCACACUCAGAAAUGCAUCUCUUGCACGCAUUGACUGGAUCAGCCUACAUCGCGGCUGUGAUAGCACAAUUGCCUUUUACCUCGAAUUUUUAAACAUAUGUAAUGAGCUGAUCCAAAAGUAUGUACCUAAUGUGCGCGUUAAGAAUAACCAUGAAAGGUAUCCGAAACGUAUACGAUUGCUCAGAGCCAAAGUUGAUCAUCUUUUCUCUCUCUCACAAAAUGUUAAUAAUGCGGAGUACAAGAAGUUCUCCAUGAAGCUAAAAAGAGCUCUCGCUAAGCACCGGGUGUUGAUUGAAAAGCAGAUUGCCUCCUGUAAGAAUUGGAAACGCUUUUUUAGUUACUGUAAGAAGAACCCUAAACUAGCAGAAUCAAUCCCAAACCUUAUCUCACAU